AUGGAUGGCCUGACGAAAGCGCCAUUUUACAGCGAGUUCCGCAGGAAAAAGAUACCAUUCAGAGAGACGGAAGCACUGCUCGGAAAGACGAGUCUAGCGGCCCCGGCGGUGAGACUCCCUGUCUUCAACUCCCGGGAAACAUCUAGUAUGAUGUGUACAUAUGGGAGUACGUCAAAAACUGCCCCAUCCACCUCUUUGAUACAAGACGCUCGUUGUCAGGUCAAGGACGAUAUUUCAGCCAUCCUCAGGACCUGGCUCGAAGUUCCGUUGAGCUGGGAGAAGCAAUCAUCAUGGGGCUCGUACGACUCGGAAUGGCAGAGGGAAGCGUCGUUCAAAGAUAUCGAGGAAUCGAAGGAAUUACUUCGUCCAUAUAUAUCUGCGGCGAUGCUGAAGAAUCCGUUGGUCGAUGGCCAAACCGCCUUCGUAUCGGGUGUCAUUGAUGAGCUACGAGACUUCAACAUGUCGUUGUUCUCCCCAUCUAGGAGCCAACGAAGCCAUCACGGCCGAUCACGCUUUCGACGCUAUUCCAUCAAACACCGUGUGCUUCGCGAGCUAAUCAGAAAGAAACGCACACAGACAUCACUGCCGACUAUUCAGGAGGUGCAAGAGCAGAUUGCGCUAUUCGGCCAGUAUGCCAUCUUGUCGCAUCGUUGGUGCCAAGAUGGCCAGGAAUUAUCCUUCGCGGAUGUGCUCACCGGCUCAUCCGAUCCAAAUAUCCAAGAAAAGGAGGAAUAUAAGAAGUUGAUGAGGUUUUUCUAUGCAUCAGCGAAGACGAUCGAAAAUGCCUCGAUCCCCCGUAUGUUCAGUUGGUAUCGCUGGGCGUACGUUUGCAUGAUUUACUUCGCCACUUCCCCGAAAGUGGUCGAGGAUCCCUGGUCCACCAGAGGCUGGACCCUACAAGAAUUUCUUGCAGCAGACAGAUUCAGAUGUUUCAAAAGUGACUGGUCCCCUGUAAUCCUUACACAAAGGAAGUUCCACGCGAACCGAGAAGUAGGCGGAGCGGACGAUGUAUACAGAAGGCUUCAAUCCGUUUCAGGAUAUCUGAAUUGGCUUGGGUACAAACCGGGGAUCAGUGAGGUUUACCCGUUAUUCAAAGCGAUGCGCAACCGGGAGACUACAGUGCCAGAGGACAUGGUGUACUCGCUCUUGGCGGCUCUUGACAGCAACUUUGGCGUGGAGUACGGCGAAGGCUUUGAUAAGGCAUUCUAUCGCCUUCAGGUCGAAUGCCUCUCCCAAGGGGGUGAACGACGGUUACUCCUGUGGGACCCGAGUGCAAGCACAAACCCAAGGUCAUCCCCGUAUAACUCGAUGCUCGCAGGGGACUUCAAGAUGUUCAUCCCCAUAGAUGGUGACAACCAGUUUUAG